CCUAGUCCUGGCCACGGAGAAGGAGGACACGUCAUAGACACGUCCAUCGUCUUCUACAUUCGAACUGUGAAACCAAAACGGCCGCGCCCAACAGCACACCGUGAACACAGCGCCAUCGAGAGUGGCGGAACCGACAAAAUCCCUAAUUUGAGCAAACCCGCCUCCUUCUUUCGCUCUCAAUCAUGCCCUCGCCCCUAAUUCCCUUCUAGAAAACCCUAGCUCCAGAUUCCCAACUAAUACAAAAAGGGUUCCCGGGCUUCCCCUUAUCCGGCCUAGAAUGCGGGGGCGGCCACGAUGUGGAGGGGAGCAGGCGGCGCGGUGCAGGCGAAGGGGGCGAAUUGUGGGAAGGAUCAGCAGCAGCAGCAGCAGCUGGUGGCGGUGGCAAUCGACGCCGACAAGAGCAGCCAGCACGCGCUCAAGUGGGCCGCCGACCACGUCCUCUCGAGGGGACAGAUUUUCUUCCUCCUCCACGUGCGCCGCAAGAUCACCUCGAUCCCCACACCAACUGGAAGCCAGCUUUCAAUUACAGAGGUGGAAGAUGAAGUAGCUUCUGUUUUUCUUGAGCAGCUCGACAUGCAAACUAAAGAAUUGCUUCUUCCAUUUCAGUGUUUUUGCAACAGAAGAGGGUUGCAGUGCAAGGAAGUUAUAUUGGAUGAAACUGAUGUAUCAAAGGCUAUAGUAGAUUUUGUCAUGCACCAGGGUAUAGACAAAUUAAUAUUGGGAGCAUCAUCUAGGAAUGCAUUCACCAGAACUUUUAAGCAAGUGGAUGUGCCCACCGCUGUUUCUAAGAUGACACCAGAUUUUUGCUCUGUGUAUGUUAUAUCAAAGGGGAAGAUAUCUUCAGCUCGCCCAGCCAGUCGGCCAAAUAAAAAUCAAGCCAAUAGAAAACCUAUUGACUUUGAAGUUGAUGGAAAUCCAUUCCAGUCUGCCAAAAGUGACCCAGCUGCCAGCAACCAUAAUGUACCUCCUGCUGGAUCAGCACUGGUUCGUUCUGGUAGAGUUGGGUAUGCUGAUCAUAAUGGGUCUUCAGAGAGGACCAAUGACGUUAGAGUGAGUAGGUUCAACCAAGUGCAAGGGCAUCUUGACUAUUCACAUAGUAUUUCAUCCUGUCCUAGCCCAAGUAGGACAAGUUUCGAUCGACCAGGCAAUUUUUAUCGUCGAGAAUUUCGUGAUACUGGGAGGCAGCAAUCACCUUUAUCCAAUAUGAGCAAUGAACACUCCUAUCGUGAAGCACCACUGAGAAUCCCUGAUUUAAAUGGUUCUGGUGGUGCCUAUUGGUCGAAUGGUUCUGGAUCCAGUGGAUACGAUGGUUCUUCUCUGAUUCCAAUGGAAGAAGUUUCGAUAUCUUGGUCUAAUCAUUCAUUGGAAGACGUGGAAGCUGAAUUGAGACGAUUAAAGCUUGAGUUAAAGCAAAAAGGCGGCAUUAUGACUGACGAGACUUCUAAUGAGGCAUAUCAAGAGAAACCUGAUGGAGAGUUGAAUAGAGGAAAGGAGACCCGACAUCACAUGGCAGAGAUGGAGCGGACUUCUCAAGCAAUACUUGACCCAGUGAGAAAUCCAUUGCAAGAGGCCGCUGAGAAGAGGAAAGCUCUAGGUCUUUCUUCUGAUAUUCGGUAUAGAAGAUACACCAUUGAAGAAAUUAAGAAGGCGACAGAGAACUUUUCAGAUGCCCUAAAGAUUGGAGAGGGAGGAUAUGGCCCUGUUUAUAAAUCUACGCUUGACCACACUCUUGUUGCUAUUAAGAUUCUUCGAUCUGAUGUAACCCAAGGAAUGAAACAAUUUCAACAAGAGGUGGAGGUACUGAGUUGUAUUCGUCAUCCAAACAUGGUCCUCCUCAUGGGCGCCUGCCCCGAGUAUGGAUGCCUGGUGUACGAGUACAUGGCGAACGGCAGUCUCGAGGACCGCCUCCUCUGCCGGUUGGGCACUGCCCCGCUCUCCUGGCAGCUUCGUUUCAAGAUUGCUGCAGAGAUUGCCACCGGUCUCCUCUUUCUCCACCAGACGAAGCCUGAACCGCUUGUCCACCGUGACCUAAAGCCUGGAAAUAUCCUCCUUGACCACAACUUCGUAAGCAAGAUAGCGGAUGUUGGCCUUGCCCGCCUCGUCCCCCAGACUGCCAAUGGCGCUGAUGUAGUAACACAGUACUGCAUGACCGGUGCAGCUGGAACCUUCUGCUACAUCGACCCGGAGUACCAGAAGACUGGAAUGGUGAGUGUCAAAUCUGACAUCUAUGCACUUGGCAUCAUCUUCCUCCAGCUCAUCACUGGGCGGCCACCGAUGGGCCUCGCACAUAACGUCAACAAUGUGUUAGAGGAGGGACGGCUUCAUGAAAUGUUGGAUCCUAAAGAGCCGGAAUGGCCAAUGGAGGAGACCAAGAGGUUUGCUGAGCUGGCACUCAAGUGUGCAGAGCUCCGCCGUAGAGACCGUCCAGACUUGGCUUCUGUAGUGUUGCCGGAACUCAACCGAUUACGUGCAUUUGCUGCAUCGACAGAGGAUUCUGCAUGGAAUUACCUUUGUCAGCGAUCAAGAAGUCACAAGGAAUUGAUUAGAGCCCCUGCAAUGGAACUGUCAGAGUUUCUUGAUAAUGAUAAUAUUGCAAAAGGGUCAUCCUUCGUUAUAUGAAAUCAGCAUGAUACUGCAAACAUGGAGGAUAUGUAUAAGUACAAAGACAUAGUUGUAAUCCUCUUCCUGUGUACUAGUAACACAGCGGGGUUUUGGUUUUCCUUCUUAAUUUGUAAAGUAAAUUACCUGGAUAGUUGUAUCCUCUUCCUGUGUACAUGUAAUGUACAAACUAUUUAUUUAUUUUCCUGUUACUGGAUGUUCUA